CCCCGCCCGCAGUUGUUUAGAACGUCAUCACGCACAACUUUUCGGUCUCUAGCAAAAAGUACCAGAAAGUUUUGUUUUGACAUUAUUUCUAUAUGUGUAAAUAUGUUUUUUUUUUGUUCUGGUAUUCUAAACUUUAUUUACAGCAUACGAUGUAAGUUCGUGCUGUGAAUUUGCUAAGACUUCCCGAAGUUAGUUUUCAGUUUUACCGUUUCCGUAUUUUAGAAGGACGUGGAUAUGCAGCUUUAACUUUGUACACGGAUGUUUGUUCUGUUAAUGCGUUAUGAAGACUGUUAUUAGCAGUGUUUGGACGUUUUACAAUGAAACACCGACCUUUGACACUUGGGAGGCUUCCUAGUGUAACAGAGGAGCCACAACCUGCUAAGCAAAUGUUUGAAAUGCAGAGAAGUACUCAGCAACACUCUUCAGAUUCUGGAACUAGCAGUGGAGUAUCUUCAGGCCAAGCGGCUACAGUAACCAGGGCAUUAGAGGAAGGAGUGAGAGAAGCUAAUAGCAGAGAUGCACAGAUUUCAGUAAAUAUGUUACAAGAUGACCAAGAAGUAUAUCGAAUGUCUAGGCAACAUUCCCAUUCCUGCAUUCACAGCCAUAGUCGCUCUCAUCUUCACUCUCAUGUCAAUGUGGAAAAUGCUGAAGAGACUAGUUUAGACACAGAUGAACAGAGCGGUUCAUUGUCUGAGCUCAAAUGCAUCUAUCAGUGGCUUCAGAAAAGUCUUCCAUUUAUACUGAUUCUUUGUGCCAAACUUGUUGUCCAGCAUGCACUCGGUAUUGCUGUUGGAAUCGGACUGAUGACAACCUUUCUGUAUGCAAAUAAAAGUAUUGUCAAUCAGGUUAUUUUAAAGGAGAAGCACUCAAAGCUGCAUUGUGCAUGGGUGCUGGUUUUCCUAACAGCGUCUUCUCUUCUACUCUAUUACAUAUUCUAUCCUCAGACUCUGUAUCUCAGCUUAAUUUUUAUGAAUCCGACUUUAAAAUCCCAACAGUUAUGGGAUGUAAUAUGGAUUGUGGGAAUCACAGAUUUCAUCCUAAAAUUCAUCUUCAUGGUCUGUAAAUGCUUUAUCAUUCUCCUGCCAUCAUUCAUCGUGUCUUUUAAAUCAAAGGGCCAGUGGUUCAUGUUUAUUGAAGAGGUCUGUCAGUAUUAUCGUUCACUUACACCAUUACCAGUUUGGGCUCGUUACCUGAGUGGUUAUCUAGAAGACACCUCUGUACUUGGGUGGGCAUAUGGUUUCCUUCUCCUCCUGACUUUUCUGAUUCUGCCUCUUUUGGACAUUUUUGCACAGUGGCGAACCUUCAGAAAGUCUUUGCAUGUAUUCUGUAGGGAAAAGAACAGCUGUACAAGUGCCACUAAAAGGCAAUGUUCUGAAGCUGGAGGCCUAUGCUCUAUCUGCCACUCUGAAUUUACAGGUCCAGUUAUCCUCACGUGUCAGCACAUAUUCUGUGAAGAAUGCAUUUAUUUAUGGUUCAUUCGAGAGAAGACCUGCCCCCUUUGUAGAACAGUGAUCAGAGAUGGAGUUCAAAAAUGGAAGGAUGGUGCCACUGCCUCACACCUGCAGCUUUACUGAGGGAAUGUGAAUUGCAUUAAGAACAUUAAUUUUGGUGAAGGGGUAGAUGCUUUGUACCUGAACAAUAAACUGUCUUGAAAUGACAAGUCCUGCUGACAUAUACAUAUGCUGAACAUGGAAUUCCUACUCUACGUACUUUAUUUAUAUUCUGUUACCAUAUUAUGCUUAUUGUUAAGCACCAGAUUUGCUUUGAUUGCCAUCGACUUGCAGUAUGGAUAUUUGGCUUGAAAAAGCCUCUUGUGUUUAUGGUUUAUAGUAAGAUCUUGUUAACUCAAACCUCAUACAUCAUGGGCUAAUGUGUUGAAAGAUACAUUAAAAUAGCUGUAUGUAUCACAUGUA